CAGCAGAUUUCAGCUGCGAUAGCUAGACGUCUCAUCCUGUACGCACCGCAUUUCUGGACUGUCCUGACACGGAUGAGAUAGCUAAAACUGUACAGUGAAGUGUGCAGGUUGGAUCUUGUAGAUCUGCUGCCGCUCCCCUCCUGUUUCAUCUCCUCUCCCCUCCUCGCUCUGCUCACUUCAAUAUGGCCAGUGGGGAUGACGAUGACCCCAUUAUAGAAGAGAUUGAUGUGUACCUUGCCAAAAGCCUCGCAGACAAGCUGUAUCUUUUCCAGUACCCUGUCCGACCAGCCACCAUGACCUAUGAUGAUGUCAACCACUUAACGGCUAAAAUCAAACCCAAGCAACAAAGGGUGGAGUUGGAAAUGGCUAUCAACACAAUGAGUCCAAACUACUGUCGCAGUAAGGGAGAGCAAAUAGCUCUGAAUGUGGAUGGGACGGCUUAUGACGAAACCAACACCUAUUCAGUGAAAAUGAUGGACAAACAGACCUUCUCCUCCAUCCAAGCCACUACCAACACCUCCAGAUAUGCUGCUGCUGUGUUUCGCAAAGGUGAGCUUCACGUCACACCUCUGACAGGAAUCCUCCAGAUGAGACCCAGCUUCUCUUACCUGGACAAGGCUGACAACAAAACCAGAGAGAGGGAGGCAGCCAAUGAAGGUGGAGACUCUUCCCAGGAUGAAGCUGAGGAAGAAGCCAAGGCCAUCACAGUGAGGUUUGCUCGUCCGGAGUCGGAGCAGGCCCGGCAGAGGAGGAUCCAGUCCUAUGAGUUCCUCCAGAAGAAGCAGGCGGAGGAGCCCUGGGUUCACCUGCACUACCACAGUGUCAAGGACGGUCGCUCAGAGCAUGAAAGGCAGUAUAUGUUCUGUCAGUCGGUGGACGCCUCAGAGAACUCUGAGCUGGUCAAAACUCCUAAGGAGUACCUGGCGAUGCUGAUGCCCCCCCUCACAGAGGAAAAAGUUGUGAAGCCUGUUGGUCCCAGUAAUGUGCUGUCCAUGGCUCAGCUGCGUACUCUGCCGCUGGGAGAGCAAGUGAAGACCCUGAUGAAGAAUGUCAAGGUGAUGCCAUUCGCUAACCUGAUGGGCCUCCUCGCCUCCGGCACAGACUCGACCUCAGUGUUGCGCUGCAUCCAACAGGUGGCGCUGCUGGUUCAGGGGAACUGGGUUGUCAAGAGUGAUGUCCUGUAUCCUAAAAACACCUGCAGUCCUCACAGUGGUGUCCCUGCUGAAGUGCUCUGUCGUGGCAGAGACUUCGUGAUGUGGAGAUUCACUCUGGAACGCUCUGUGAUGAGAAAGGAGAUUGCAGCCAUCAUCAAGCUUCCUCCAGAGGAUGUGAAGGAGUUCUUGGAGCAUGUGGCAACACCUCGGAUCAACCGGGGCUGGGAGUUCCUGUUGCCUACCGAUGUAGACUUCAUUAAGAAGCACCCAGAUGUUGCCCACAGGCAACACAUGCUGUGGCUCGGCAUCCAGAGCAAGUUGGAAAAGGUCUUUAACUUCUCUAAAGAAGACUUCAUGCCAAAGAAUUCCCCUCAGCCUGAGCCUGUCCAUGUCAGCGGAGAGCAGCGUCUGAAGAUGGCUCAGGAGCGAGCACAAGAAAACCAGUCGUCCCUUCAGAAGGACCUGGACGCCAAAAGGGCAGGAGGCGGCGUCCACAUCAAACAGGAACCCGUCAGCGACAAGGAAGACGAGCCUAUGGACACUUCCUGCCACCCCUCGUCCUCCUCCUCCUCCUGCAUCCCCAAUGGCUCUGUAAACGGGUACCCCAGUGCCACCUCCCCCGGCUUCGAUCACACUAACGGCAACACGGCGUCCCCGGAGCUGCAGGAGUUUGUGAUAAAGACUUUCAGGAAGCAUUUUGUACUGACGCUGAAUGAGUUAAAGAGGCUGUUUAACCUCCACCUGGCUUCCAUACCGGCGGGACGGAGCGUCUUUCACUCCAUCUCGGACCACAUGCUACAGGACGCCAUACUGCUCUGCCACUGCAAACAGAUAAUGGUGCCUUUUCCUGCUCAGAGCACAGCAGCCCCCGACGAACAGAAGGUGUUUGGUUUGUGGGAAACUGGAGAGGAUUUCGACAAGCACCGUCGGCUGCUGUUCGACCUGUUCUCAAAGAACUACCGGGUCAGGAGGAACAUGAUACAAGCCAGACUGGCACAGGAGUUUGGAGACGUCAAUAAAGCGGACAUCGACCGGCUGCUCAAGGAGUGCUGCAGCAGCCACGCAGGGAUGUGGUACCUCAAGGGAACGAUACAGUCCUGACACUGAGAUCCUACCCCCUGCGGUCACCGUCAGCCAAUCAAAUCCUCUCCUGGGUGUCCAGUGGGAGGGCAGUCAAGAGAGAUGAGAGCCAAUCACAGCUCGCCCCAGCUCUGAGGGCGGGCGACUGGAGGACAAAGAUGUCAGCCGUCUGCUCUGCUCAGAACACGAAGCUUUUCCCGUUUCAACUGAAGCAUCUCUGACGUUAACGUGAGCACUCUGAUGCUGCACGGAGGAUAGAAACUCCUCACAUACUCACACUGACAGCUGGAGAAUCUGAGGGGGAAAUAUGAAUAUUAGGAAAAAAAUGAAGAAAUAGCAAGAUACAUAUACGGUUUAUCAGUAGAUUUCUGGAUUUAUGACCUCAUGUUUGAUUAUUUUUGAAUUAAACUUUUCCCAGAUCAGGGUGGUGUUUACUACGGAAAGCAACCGUGGCUCAGAGUGCUUUCAUUUAACUUAAUUAAAUUUUGCCAGAGAAAACACGUUUUACUGUAUUAUCAACAAAGCAAACAUUGUUUAAUGCCUUUUGGUUAAAAAAAAACCUUGAACCUGAUUUUAUUUUAAUUUUUUUUAUCCAUUAACUUCACACAUUUUGUUGGAUCUGACUUGGUUAAAGCAUAUCAACUGAACAGAGUAUUUAUUCCACCCUUAAUCCACAAAUGAAAGUGGUGAGCUUUAAAGAUGGCUGAAGUGAUGUGCUUAAUUAAAAUUAAAGCAAAUAGAGGGGGAAACGUUGCCAAACUCCUGAGUCGACAAAUGUGAAACAAAAGGGAAAAAAAAAUAUGCAAAAACCUGCAAAAAGUCCCUCAUGUCCUUAUUCUCAUGUUGUUCAACUGAAAUCACUUUGUUUUUGGCAAUCAUGGACCUGGACGCUGCUACAUCAAAUGUGGCUUUUCCCACAUUUCUGUAUUAUUCAGUCAAACAUUUGAGAAGAAGUGGAUUACAAGCGUGAUGUUGAGGUUUUGUUUUUCCUGGUUGAAUGUACAGAGUUUCAAAUAGUUUUCCUAUGUGAGAGAAACUUGAGUGACUGAUUUUGACGAGAGCCAAUAAAGAUGCAACUUGGAAUAAAGUUUUGUCAUAAAUCUGUUGGGAUUGUCGUACAAACAUAGUGGAAUGGAUGAAUGGUGUCUAUGGACUGGAUAUUGGCCCAGUACAAACACCGGACCGUCGUCUGGGUGAUGGGGGGAGUUUGUUGCUAUGGAUACAUUGGUUUAUGGCCAUGUGCUGCUAUCUUGAGCCUCCAUCUAAAGUGCCUCUGCCUCUCAAGGCAUUCAGGACAAACUCCCACCCACUCAUAUGAUGAAUUACAGGAACAAUAACACUUAGUUUCACUGAGAUACUUCAUGACAUUUAGACCUUAAAUCUGAAAGUGUUCUUCAUUUCAGGCUAAAUUUAGAAUUUCCUACAUCAGAAAAUGACAGUUGUAUUUUUUUUUUCAUUGGUUUGUU